UAGUAAGUUUACGCGUUGCAAAUUUGAACUUUAAGUGAGUUGUUUUUUAUUAGUGACUUUUCAAACAAUUUGUUGUGUGAGAUAAAAAUGAGUAACUCAACGUCAACACCUUCAUUUGCGUGCUCUCGUUGCUUCGCCAGGCAUCCGUUUGAGGAAUUAUCUCCAGGUGAACAGUUGUGCAAGGAAUGCCGAGGAUCAUUCCCGGUCGUCAAGUGCACAUACUGUCGCUCAGAAUUUCAACAGACAAGUAAAUCGAACACGUCGUCAAUAUGCAAGAAAUGUGAAGCUAACGUCAAAUCAUAUGGAAAGCCUACUGCCUGUGAAUAUUGUAAUAUUAUUGCAGCGUUUAUAGGAAACAAAUGCCAGCGGUGUACCAAUUCAGAACGUAAAUAUGGACCGGCAGUUACAUGUGAACAAUGCAAGCAAAGAUGUGCUUUCGACCGACAUGAUGACAGUAAAAAGGUUGAUGGGAAAUUACUCUGCUGGCUCUGCACUCAGUCACUCAAAAGGGCGCUGGCUCGAACAAAGCAGCAGUUAUCGUCUGUUGAUAAACACAAGCACAGGUCUCACAAAUCCAAACAUGGCCACAAAGAUAAACGCAAGUCCGACAUGAUGAAGUCGAUGAACUCUGGAGAUUUGUCGCUGGAUUCGCAGCCUCUCGAGAAAAAAUCGAAAUUGAAUCCAUUACAAGGUGAAUUGGAUCCAAACAGCUCAGACCACGUCGUGGCGAUGACGCAACUUAAAGAAACUAUCGCUAGUUUACAAAAGAAAGUUCAACAAAAGGACAUGGAGCUAAUGGCGAAGGAUCGUCAGAUAACUGAACUAAAAGCACAACACCUAAACAAUACGACCGAGAUGCGCAAUGACAUGAAAAAUAAAGAGCGUCAAAACGAGACAAAGUUCAACAUGAUGAACACAAAGAUACAGAACCUGUUGAAGGAGGUGGCCACGCUCAGCAAGUCGGCCAAGAAGAACAAGGGCGCCAGGGCCGUGCUCGCCCACGCCGCAGAGAACAGCGGCAGCGGCACCGACAGCCCUAGCACCAACUAGACCGACCCACUAGACCAGCGGUCGGGGAACCGGGGUAAAUUACCCCAAAUGGGGUAAAAUGACAUUUUGAGGGGUAAAAAUGAAACUUUUGUGAGUAAAAAGUAUAUUAUA